CACCUCCUCUACCCUUCGUCAUCACCACUUGCCACCCACUUCGACUCGACGGCAAGCCAAAGAUGGCAAGGCGGACAGGCAAGGCACCCCAGGCUGCGGCCUCCUCCUCCUCAUCUCACACCCGCCGCAGGGCCGAUCACCACAGGGCAGGCGAGGCAAAGGGCAGCGCAGCAACCACCGGCGGCAAAGCAGCGUCUUCUUCCUCCAAGCCUAGAGGCAUACACGACAUUUACGACUUUGCAGUAGAGCAACACCAAGGUAAAGGCAAGGGCGCUGGUCGACACCUCAAAAGAGUCAAGGCGGGUAACAGUACAGACGAUGCUGAUAGCGACCGUCGUCAAGGCCGACGAGACUUCGAUGACGAAGACGCUUCUGAAGAGGAGGAGCAGCCAAGGAGGGACCAAACCUAUCUCGAAGACUCGGACGACGAUAAUGCCAAUGCUAUAGCUGAGGAAGACGAUUCGGACAUCGACAGUGAUGAAGCAUUCGCAGCCAGCGACGAGGAGCGGUAUGAGGACGUCGACUUUGGAAAGUCCUCUAGCAAGGACCCGCGUCUGAAUAGACAUAGCAAUGCCGUGGAUGGGGAGGAUAUGAAUGGCAACGUCGACGAUGAAGAAGAUGAGGAGGAAGAGGAGGAGGAAGAAGAGGGUAUGGUCGAUUUGAGCAAAAUGCUGGAUGCAGACGGCUCGGAGGAUGCCGAUACAGACAGCGGCGAGGAGGGGGACGAAGGUAGUGACGUCGGUGAUGAUCGUCUCAAUGACCUGGCCUCUCGCUAUGCGCAACCCUCCAACAAGCGGUCGGUACAAGACAACGGAGAUUCAGUCACGGGUGCCAAGCGGCAGCGCAGGGUCCUCGCCGAACGGACAGAAGCUGUUCCCGAGUCAGACUUUGCGGCUCCAUCCGGGUCCGGCUCGAACAAGCGAGCUCUUGCACUGGAAGACUUCCUCGCUCCACUCUCCAAUGCUGCUCCCGGUACUCACACUGCUCUGAGAAACGAUACUAAGGCCUUGCAUGACCUUGGCAGUAGCGACAAACACAACCUCAAAGCAUCACGAAGAGGCGGUGGGGCCCUGUCUGCGCCCCUUCCAGCAGUGGUCAGGGAUCGCUUACAGAGAGCAGCGGGGUACGAUCUAUCGAAAGAAGAAGCAGAGAAGUGGCAAUCGACCAUUAAGAGGCUUCGCGAAGCUGAACAUAUAUCGUUUCCCCUGCAAGGAGGUCCAUCCCGUCCCAAAGCUACCACUGCGCAGAUGUCGGCCACCUUCAAGCCUACCAAUGCAUUCGAGAACGAAAUCGAACAAAUCUUGCAGGGCGAAGGUCUGUCCGAGGCACAAAUCAAUAAGAGCGAGGAGCUGGCCAUGCGACAGAUGGACCCGGCAGAGGUGGAGCGCCGUCGAGACGAGCUGCGCAAGAUGCGAGAUCUGAUGUUCCGCGCCGAGCAGAAAGCCAAGCGGGUCAGCAAGAUCAAGAGCAAAACAUAUCGCAAGAUAGCACGCAAGGAUAAGGAUAAGGAACGCGAACGCCUUCGCGAAGCAGGCGUGCUGGAUGUUGAUGAAGACGAGGACAAUGAAGAUCUAGACGGUCAGAUCAAGGCUGAGCGCGAUCGAGCGCAGGAGAGGGCUACUCUCAAGCACAAAAAUACUGGGAAGUGGGCCAAAGCCACUCUGGGUCGCAAGGAUCUCAGUGAGGACGUCGAUGCUCGACAAGCUCUGAAUGACCAGUUGCAAAGAAGCGAACAACUCAGGCGAAGGAUCAAAGGCCUCGGCGACUCCUCAGAAGACGACUCCGAUUCGAGCGAUGAAGAUGAUCGCGCUCACGAAGACCCACGACAAGGUGCUCUUGAUGAGCUGAGAGCCCUGGACAGCGCUGUAGACCGAACAGGCUCUGACAACACUGGUAAAAAGGGUGUUUGGAACAUGAAGUUCAUGCAGGAUGCCCGCAAUCGCGAUGAUGCAGUGGCCGAUCAGGCUCGAGAAGAACUCGAAAGAGAGCUACGUGCGAUGAAGGAAGACCGCGACAAUACGGACGAUUCUACGUCAUCAGGAGAUGAGACACCCAUGGUGGGCAGGAGAAAGCUCGGCGGGCAGCUUUUACAACCUGAGAAGAAUCGGGCAGCCGGCGACGGUGUGACAAGACCGUUGCCCAGCGGAGACGUAGACCAAGGGGAAGACUCAUCAGAUGAAGCUCUCGAUGCUCACGCUGCUCCGGCACGAAGUCCCAACAGUCACUGGAAGCCAUCUCGACCGUCGCUCGCUACUCCAGAUGCUUAUGAGAGCCCCUCAAGCAACCCUUGGCUGUCCGGUCAGGUGCGUUCUCCGGGCGCUGGCAAAACUCUUGUCGACAAAGCCAGCUCGACGGCUUCAAAAUCUGCCAGAAAGCUCGAAAAGCGGAAGAGCAAAGCGACUCAGGUCAGGUCAGAGGAGCAGCAGGAUGCACAACUGGAUAUCGAUCCCAAGGCCAUGCUAGGCUCUGGCGGCAACAAGACGAAGAAGGGCCUUCAGAUCCAGCCUUCUGCACCUCCUGCGCCUUCUUCAAGCAAGAUCAGCAGGGCAGCUCGCGACGACGACGGUGCUGAUGCAGACUCAGAAGACGAAGCGGAGGAUGGGGAUGAGCCCGUCGAAGUCAGUGGGGGCGCGGCGCGCAAUCGUAAGAAGGCCAUUUCGCAGAGAGACCUCAUUGCAGAAGCUUUCGCCGGCGAUGAUGUUGCAGCAGAAUUCGCUAGCGAAAAGGCACGUCAGAUCGAGGCAGAUGCUCCUCGAGAAGUGGACACCACCCUGCCAGGCUGGGGUGCCUGGGGCGGAAAGGGUAUCAAGAAGAGCCACAAGACGGGAGCAGCACAAGCAGCACAAAAGAAGGCAAACAUGAAGUUGAUUCCUGGAAUGGACGCAAGCCAGCGAAGGGAUGCGAAUAUGGCCAAUGUCAUCAUCAACGAGCGGCGAGACAAGAAGGCUGAGAAGUACAAGGCAAAGGAGUUGCCUUACCCCUACACCUCUGCCGAGCAGUACGAGGCCAGCUUGGCUCAACCUCUGGGACAGGAGUGGAAUACACUGACGCAGAACCAACGCUUGACCAUGCCUAGGGUUCUCAAGCCAAAGCCGGGCGCUGUCAUCAAGCCAAUUCAGAGGGUCGGAUGAGUAUUCUGCAUGAUCUCCUCUGAAGUCUUUGUCGCACUACAUCUCCGGUGGCGCCUCCUGAUGCCCGGCGCUUGCUAGCUCUGCAUAUUGUGUUGUGCCCAUCUCUGUCAAUCUCGAUAUCAUUCGUGCAAACUGAGAGAGCGGUGGAUGUGGAGAUGCAGGAGCAAGUGGUUAUCUUAUCAGCGACGGCGUCUCGCACUCGUAGAUGUCACACCCUUUGUCCAGGCACGUACCGCAAAGAGUUCCUCGUCACCGCUGAAGAUGGGGUUGCCGCCCAGUUGGUCAAUCGUCAUACCCUGCGCGAGGAGGAGGCAAGCACGAAAUCCCGAUCAGUCUCAACUCUACCAAAAAGAAAACACCUUGUCGCUUACGCACCAAUGCAUCCAUAGCUUCCCUCAUUGCAUCACUCGUCUCUGCACCCUUGUGACCUUUGUCUCCGGCACCAAAGAUCUGCAGAAUUGGAAC